AUGCCGCCCACUUUUAAGCCCUUUGACUAUCUCAUAUUUCCUGUGAACAAAUUCCUGGCUGUUUUCUUUGCCGUCGUGGCCUGCGCCUAUGGCGAUGUGUCCCAUCUGGGCUACGACUACGCUCCCCCGGCGCCAGUGGCUCCCGUGCAGGUCUACCAGCCAGCACCUGCCCCGGUUUACCAGCCAGCUCCCGCUCCCGCUCCAGUCUACCAGCCAGCUCCAGCUCCUGCUCCAGUUUACCAGCCAGCUCCAGCUCCGGUCUACCAGCCAGCCCCAGCACCCAUCCGCAUCCCAGCUCCCGCCCCAGUGCAGAGCUACAUUCCCCCUGCACCAAUCUCGAUCCCAGCUCCAGUUCAGAUCCAGGCUCCCGUUGAGAUCCAGGCUCCCGUUGAGAUCCAGGCUCCAGUUGAGAUCCAGGCUCCAGUUGAGAUCCAGGCUCCCGCUCCAGUGAACACCUACAUUCCUCCUGCAGCACCAGCACCCGCUCCGGUCUACCAGCCAGCCCCGGCUCCAGCACCCAUCCGCAUCCCAGCCCCGGCUCCAGCACCCAUCCGCAUCCCAGCUCCCGCUCCAGUUUACCAGCCAGCUCCCGCUCCGGUCUACCAGCCAGCCCCGGCCCCCGCACCCAUCCGCAUCCCAGCCCCCGCGCCAGUGCAGUCCUACAUUCCCCCCGCACCCAUCUCGAUCCCAGCUCCCGCUCCCGUCUACCAGCCCACUAGCCAGCAGGUGCUCGAGGAGAUCGAGCCCGUGUCUGCCGAUGGCUACCGCUACAAGACCGUGCGCCGUCGCGUCUACCGUCACCGCUUCUAA